AGAAAAAAAAAAACUAAAACAGAGAAGCACCUUUUAUCCUCUGUAUCGUCUUCAAUUUUCCCGCACUUUCCCAAACCCAAAGGAAAGAUCUUUUUCCAGGAAAAUAAAAAAGAAUGAGAUGGGAGAGGAUCCAACGUCAAGUGGGUCUCGCUGAUUCUUCUUCUUCCGGGCCGGGGAAGAGAUGGGGACACACUUGUAACGCCAUUAAAGGAGGCAGAUUUGUUUACGUAUUCGGUGGGUUUGGUAGCGACGGUUGCUUAACCAAUCAAGUUCAUCUCUUUGACGCUGAAACGCAGAUAUGGAGUGAGCCGGUGAUCAGAGGGGUACCUCCCUCUCCGAGAGACAGUCACAGCUGUACAACGGUUGGGGAUAACCUUUUUGUGUUUGGUGGUACUGAUGGGAAACAUCAUCUCAAUGAUCUGCAUGUCCUAGAUACUUGUACACAUACUUGGAAAUGCCUUGAAGCUAGAGGUGAAGGACCUGAGGCGAGAGAGGGUCAUAGUGCAACGCUUGUUGGCAAACACAUUUUUGUAUUUGGAGGCUGUGGGAAAAUCUCUGGUUCGGAUGAUGAAGUAUUCUAUAAUGACCUUUACUUACUCAACACAGAGACUAUCACGUGGCAACGAGCUGCAACAAAUGGGAAGCCUCCCUCUGCGCGAGAUGGCCACACUUGCUCAACGUGGAACAACAAAAUCAUUGUAGUAGGUGGCGAAGAAUCUGAAGAUUUGGAUGACUACUAUCUCUCAGAUGUUCAUAUCCUUGAUACAGAUAAGUUUGUAUGGAAGCAGUUGAAAACUUCAGGACAGCUGUUAACACCUAGAGCAGGUCAUGUCACCGUUGCAAUUGAGAGCAACUUGUUUGUUUUUGGAGGGUUUACUGAUUCUCAGAAUCUCUACAAUGAUCUCUAUGUGCUUGAUCUUGAAACGAGGGUAUGGUCCAAGUUAAUAGCCAUGGAAGAAGGUCCAUCUGGUAGAUUCUCUGCUGCAGCAGUUUGUUUAGGUCCUUACAAGGCUGGUUCUUUUUUAUUCAUUGGUGGCUGCAACAAGAAUCUUGAGCCGUUGGAUGACAUCUACUACCUACACACAGAUGGUGUAUACGAAGCACGGCUCGCUAAGACUCCAGGGAGGUUGUCUUUAAGGAAACAAAUGAAGCUAAAAUGCCAAGAGCAGAAGAGAGUAGCUGUGGAUCAAGGGAAAACGGUGUUUCAAGCCAGGGUUACUGAAAGCUCCCCUUUAGGUUACACUAUUGAAACGAUCAUUGAUGGAAAGGUGCUCCGUGGUGUUUUGCUUUCAAACAGUCACGGCAGCUCAGGGAAAAGGCCUGCUGUGUCGGAUGCUGAUUUUGAUCAUAGAGCAAAAACACAGAGAACUUUGAGUAAGGAUUCAGCAGGUGGUAGCCAACAACAAGCUGGUCCAGUGGAUCCUUCUAAAGAUCAAAACCCUUGUCAAAUCGAAAUGGACACUGUGAACAAAGACCCAUCAGCACCGGUUACUCUUGAUCAGGUGAAUGUAGAGCCAUUGAGAAAUGAGAUGUCAACAAACGACGUCGGUGCUGCUGCUGAAGCUGGUCCUGGAGGAGAAUUAUCGCCUCAAAAGCAAGAUGAAGGAAGAGUUGCUGCAGAAGAUGCAAACGCAGAGCAGUAACAGCUGAAGUAGAAGAAAGUUGUGAGGAUGUACAGUAGCAAGUAGAUGAAGGGAGUUUUACCAAAAAAAAAAGUAGAUGAAGGGAGGGUUUGGUUUUAAAAGCUGUAAGUAGAAGAAAGUUGAGGGUGGGAGUAGAAGAAGCUAACUCUUGUGUUGAUGCCUUUUGUUUUUUGUUUUGUAUAUAGAGCAAUACAAAUAGCUUUAACUCUGUUGUUAUUACCUUACUGGUUUCAGUUUG